AUGAGCGAUCCCACGUUGACCGAUUUCCUCAAUGCCACCUUCCAAACAACGAACGACAUUGGACGAUCCCGCGUCAAUGGCCUUGUCAAUGAUAAGGAGCGUCACCAAGAACAGCUUGAUCGCACGUUACUCGAGACCAAGGAGUCCACCCAAGCAAUGCUCAAGGAGCUGUUGGCCAAGUCCACUGCACAAAAGAACGACCUUGACAGCCUGCAUACGUCCCUUGAAGACACCAAGCAAGCGCUUGAUACAUGUGCCGGAGCUGCAACAUCCACACACGCACCUCUUCUCGAUCAACUAGGCACUCUUGCUCAAAAGCUCACCACGCUCGAUCAUGCAAAGCAAUAUCUAAAAGCAUUACUCGUCGCAUCUGAUCUAGAGGAGAAAACGACGUCGCUUGUCAAAUCUGAUCCUGCACAAGCUAUCGACCCAUAUCAACAACUUGUUCGUUUGGCAGCCUCCAUACGCUCUUGUAUUUAUGAUGCGACAGCUGAAGCACAAUUCCAAGGAUUGAUGUCGCAUUUGGAUUAUACCUCAAACAAGCUGUACCAAGAGCUAUUCAACGUCAUGUCAAGCAACUUUCGUAACUCUCUAGAAAAGCUUCAAUGGCCAUCCCCAAUCAAGCCACCGUUUGGGCCUCAAGUAAAAUCCAAGAUAGACGACUUUGAAGCAGCAUUUCAAAACUUGUUAUUGUUGAAAAGGCCGGAAGAUAUGGAUAAGCCGUUUGACCCUCAAACCAUGUCGCUGUUACCCAUCAACAUCAUGCUGGAGGCUCUGAGUAUGCGAUUCAAGUUUCAUUUCGAGAGUUCAAAACCCACAAAUCGACUGGAUAAGCCAGAAUGGUACUUGUCGCAUACGAAAAGCACGAUUGCAUCGCAUGUGCCGUUACUAUUGAGUACGAUCCAGCCGAUUAUCGAGAGGAAUCUCAGCAGCUCUGUUUCCGCCAAAGAUUGCUUUAUCCGUGGUCUCGUCGAGAAUGUGGCACGCAAGCUACGUACAACCGUACCCAAGAUGACAAACAAACCCCACUUGAUGAGCCACACCAUCCACCAAGUGCUUGAUUUCGACAAUGCGCUUAGCAAAGAUUUUGCCUAUUAUCCAUAUGAAGGAGGAGCCAUGGGUGAUGUUAUCCUUGGCAACGAGAAGUGGUUUACAGCAUGGUUUGAUGCGGAGCGGAAAUUUGCACAAAAACGUUACGACGAGAUUGCUGUGGAUAGCCAAGCUUUUGAGCCUUAUGCAGAAGAGGAUGAACGUGAAUCAAAGAGAACGAAUGACACUGUCAAAUCGACAAAGUCCUCUGCAAAGUUGAUCCAUCUUUUUGAAAGUAUCACUGACACAUACAAGCUUAUCCCCAGCGUUGAAAAGAAACUACGCUUCUUUAUGGGGAUCCAAAUGUGGCUAUUGAACCAGUAUCAUGGGCGACUUCUUUCUGCUUUGGAUGCUUUUGAAGCUUUGAGUUUGAUGCGAUCUGUUCCAGUACCAGGAGGAUUACCCGAAUCUGUCACGGGGGUUAUUACAUCGGCGGAAACAGGUGGAUCGAUUGCAGCACUACGUCGAUUAUGUCGUUGGUGGGCAAGCGCUCGUGUGAUUGGUGAUACUUUACGAGAGCUGGCUGAUGAUGAUUUUUUCCUCACGCUACAAUUCGAACUACGCGACAAUGUUGAUUUGGCGGUGCAAGUAACCAAUGAGUUAAAGGCCCUCGAUUCUGGACUUGCGUUUUUGGAUGGCGUGGAAGCUGCUGAUAAAUCACUCUUUGCUCAACCAUUGGAAGCAUUUCAACAUUUGACUGAGCGUGCAGAGAACUUGAUGACAAGGAUUAUCAUGAAAGAAUGGGCUGCGGAUGCUCGGAUGUACGUUAGAAGAUGGCAAAUGUUGGAAAAUGGUGACAAUGAUGACGACCAAGACCAUGAGCUAUCAAGCGAACUCUAUCAACCACUUCAAAACUUUCGACUCUCGUGCCAUUUUCUUGCUUCCAACCUACCUACAACAGAAUUCAUCAUGGUUUAUCGUCGCCUAUCGGUUGAAAUCGAGGAUUGGCAUAUGCGUAAUAUCAUUGCGCCGAAUCGUCUUACACAAGUCGCUCUGAAAACUCUGGCAAACGACCUUGAGCAGGGGUUAUGGUCCGUCGGAAGGCAAUGGGUUACCAAACCUGAAAAUUAUAUGCGAAAGUAA